AUGUCUGGUUUUAAUAUUGCUACGCCUUCCAUGACCACGCCUGCUAUGCAGACACCUUCGAUUCCUACUCCACUUCAUAAUUCAACUCCAUUUGCACUUCCUACUACGCCAGCUCCCAAUGAUGCUCCUACGCCUAGUAGGGAAGCAAAUCCUCAUGCUGUGGCAGGUAUCACACCUACUUUACAAAAUAUUGUUGCCACUGUUAAUUUGGAUUGUCGUUUGGAUCUCAAAACAAUCGCUCUUCAUGCUCGUAAUGCAGAGUACAAUCCAAAGCGUUUCGCAGCUGUUAUUAUGCGUAUUCGUGAUCCAAAGACUACUGCAUUGAUCUUUGCUUCUGGUAAGAUGGUCGUGACAGGUGCCAAAUCUGAGGAUGACUCUAAAUUGGCUGCUCGUAAAUACGCUCGUAUCAUCCAAAAGCUAGGCUUUCAGGCAAAAUUCACCGAUUUCAAGAUUCAGAAUAUCGUGGGUUCUUGCGACGUCAAAUUUCCUAUUCGUCUUGAAGGCUUGGCUUACUCCCAUGGUCACUUUAGUUCUUACGAACCUGAAUUGUUCCCUGGUCUUAUCUAUCGUAUGGUGAAGCCAAAAAUCGUGUUGUUAAUCUUUGUAUCUGGUAAGAUUGUCUUGACAGGUGCCAAGGUCCGUGAAGAAAUCUAUCAAGCCUUCCAAGCUAUAUAUCCUGUGCUUACAGAAUUCCGUAAGCCUUAG